UGCCGCGCGUCUUCGUCUAACCGGACAGUAGUUGUCUAAAUCUGUUUUAUCUCUGGGCGUCGAAAUUAAUUGGAACAAUACGUGAACGAAUCGAGUGAAGGAUCAGAAUCGAAUUGCUGGGAAAAAUAUGAAAUACAUCGGGGCACUCGAUGUGGGCACUACUACCGUGCGUUUUCAUAUAAUCGACGAAGAAGCGAACACAAUUGCUUCCUCAGCAGAGAAGGUUCAACUUUUAUAUCCAAAGCCAGGCUUCGUAGAAAUAGAUCCAGACAAGCUAUGGACGAUCAUCGUGGACGUAAUAAAGAACACUUUAAAAGAAGCCAAUAUAGACCUGGAAUCGAUCGUUGGUAUCGGUAUUUCCACGCAACGAGGUAGCUUUACGACAUGGAACUCGAAAGAUGGAAAACAUUAUCACAACUUUAUUACAUGGAAAGAUCUACGUGCUGACAGCAUAGUGAAGCAAUGGAACUCGUCGUUGACGUUGAAAGGAUUGCGAUUAGGAUCGUAUAUUUUGCAUAAGAUUCUCGGCGAAGAACGAUUCUUGUUGAUGAGUGUUUUUAAAUUCCUGAAUACGCAGAUAACUCUAAGGUUAUUGUGGGCUCUGCAAAACGUGCCAGGUUUGCAGGAGGCGGCGAACGACGGAAACGCCUUAUUCGGAAGCAUUGAUUGUUGGCUUUUGUAUAAACUUACGGGAAAACACGUGACAGACAUUUCGAACGCAGCAGCAACUGGACUUUUUGACCCAUUUCUUAUAUCUUGGUCUGACCUACUAAUGAAUCUUUUGGGAAUUCCACGUAAUAUGUUUCCGGAAGUAGUUGAUACCAGUAGGAAUUUUGGCGUUAUCCCAAAGGACAUAUUUGGUGUUGAAAUUCCUAUAUUUUGCUCAAUGGCAGAUCAAUCGGCCUCGCUGUUUGGUUCCGGAUGCAUGCAGCCUGGAGAUUUGAAAAUUACUCUGGGAACUGGGACCUUUAUGAAUGUGAAUUCAGGAAGAAAAUUACAUGCUUCGAGCGCAGGUUUGUAUCCUGUAAUCGGAUGGCAAAUAGGCGAUGAAUUAGUAUACAUGAUAGAAGGUGCAUGGAACGACACUGGAACUAUCGUCGAAUGGGCCAAAAAUAUAGGUAUAAUCGACGAUCUUGCUGAAACAGCGAACAUCGCAAACUCAGUAAACGACUCUGAUGGAGUAUAUUUUAUUCCCGCAUUUAGCGGAUUACACAUUCCAAUAAGUGAUUACAAAGCAGCGGCAGGUUUCAUAGGCAUAAAACCUACUACAAAUAAAAGUCACAUUAUUCGAUCGUUGUUAGAAAGUAUCGUUUUCGGAAUAAUGCAACUUUUCUACGUACUAAGCAAAGAAACUAACUUCACUCGUCAGAAAAUACGGAUCGAUGGUGGAGUGUCAGCAAAUGAUUUUGUGUUGCAAUUAUUAGCCGACCUAACAGGUCUUGACGUAGAACGAGCGACAACCACAGAGAUGUCUAUUUUAGGAGUGGCAUUUCUCGCUGGCUUACAAUGCGGUGUAUGGAAGAACAGAGAGGAUAUACAGAAACUUCGAAAGACAGCAAGGAUAUUCCAUCCAAAUAAAAAGAACAUGAUUCAUUAUCAACCGAUAAUUGCUCAAUGGAAAGAAGCUCUCGAAAGAUUCGGUCAAUGGUAUUCUCAAGAUUCGUAAUUGAUAUUAAAUACAUAAGAAACGAAAAAGAAAACG